GUUCUUAAGUGGCUCGUUGCGGGCCUGGCGUCCUUCGGUUGCUCGGGGAACCGAUAAGCUGCUGAUGACACCUGCUUGACGCUCUUUAAGUCCAUUUUGACGGUGACACCGCGGCUUUUUGCCCUCGUUUGCUGCAGCACCGGAAGUCAACAAUGGCAGCUUUUACUCUGAAGGGUAAAUGCCCAAACAGGAACCGUUAGGACUGAGGGAAAAUAAUCCGCUAGUACUAGCGCUGUGGUCAUUGUACUGAUGAACUGAAACCGGCCGAUAAACCCAGCCGCGGGCCCUGAAGGGGAGAUGACAAAGGAGGAUAUUUCAGAGCCUGCUGAAGGAGACACUGCCCUGGGCUCUUACACAAGAAAUGCUCCCCAUCAGCGGGCUGUUAUCCACCAGGUGGCCUCUGCACCCAUGCCCAAUGACUGUGAGUUUUCUUUCUUUGACCCAUCUGAGCCGCAGUGCAAAGAAAUUCUUCAGGAUCCCAACACCACCAUACCUGAGCUGUUUGCAGUCCUCAGGCAAUGGGUACCCCAGGUUCAGAAAAACAUUGACAUCAUUGGCAUCGAGAUUCUGAAGAGAGGUUGUGGUGUGAAUGAUCGAGAUGGUUUGACAGAUAUGAGCCUUCUGCACUACUGUUGUAAGGCCGGCGCCCCUGGAAUUGGUGAUGCAGAAACAGCAGCUAGCUUUGCCCGGCAGCUCCUUGCCUUGGGUGCUGACCCCAACCUUCGCUCACGCUGGACUAACAUGAGGGCGCUGCAUUACGCUGCCUAUUUUGACGUGCCCCAGCUCGUCGGUGUGAUGCUACAAGCCUCUGAGCCUGGAGAGGUUGAUGCCACCUGCAGUGACUUUGACUUUGGCACAGCUCUUCACAUUGCUGCAUCCAACCUGUGCACAUCGGUUGUCAAAUGUCUGCUGGAGUUUGGAGCUAAUCCAGCGUUCAAGAAUGAUAAAGGACAGUGUCCAGCAGAUGUUGUACCUGACCCACUGGAUAUGCCCCUGGAGAUGGCAGAUGCAGCUGCCGUGGCCAAAGAGCUACGGACUCUGCUGAGACGGGCUUUACCCAGACCCAGCUCCCCUCUGCCCCUCACACUCCAAGGCCAGGUCAUCCCUGCUCUGUCUGAUAAGGCCAAAAUGCAGCUCGCCUCCAUGGGAAUCCGACUCGGGGAUUGUGUGGUGAUAGCUGGACAGAAGGUUGGGACGUUGCGGUUCUGCGGCAGCACCGAGUUCUCCGGGGGCCUCUGGGCCGGAGUGGAGCUAGAUAAACCAGAAGGGAAAAAUGAUGGCUCUGUAGCAGGGGUUCAGUAUUUCACUUGUCGAGUCAAACACGGAAUUUUUGCUCCCCUGUCCAAGAUCAGUAAACCCUUGGAAAAACAUAAAUCAAGCACAACAAAGACUCCUCUCCGCCCCCCUCGGCGCAUUGAUGUGUCCCGCAUUACCUCCAAGAUUAACACAGGUAUUCUUACACGCUCCCUCUCGUCUUCAUCAUCUUCGUUGGACUCUCGUCAAGGACCAAGUGGCCGUCCUCGCCCGCUGCCAAGGCAGCGUCUCCUUGCCAGGCAGCGAAAAGAGAACAUCUCUCCAAGCCCCAGGACAAAAUCGUCACCUGCACAUCAUUCCUCAUUCCGCUCCUCAGCUCCUCCGGCUGCAGGUUUCAGAAGUAGAACGCCCUCAGGCAGUAGUUCUUUGUAUGAUGGUUCCGAGGUGAGACUGGGUGAGAGGGUGCUGGUGGCAGGACAGAGGACCGGUGUUGUUAAGUUCUGUGGAAAAACCAACUUUGCUCAUGGUAUCUGGUUGGGCAUUGAACUGGACAAGCCAAGUGGCAAAAAUGACGGCUCAGUGGGAGGAGUGAGAUACUUCAGCUGUCCCCCAAAACAUGGAGUCUUUGCUCCCCCUUCUCGUGUUCAAAGGAUCCACGGUUCAGUCGGCUGCCUUUCAGAGCUCACCACCUCAGGUCUCAGUCAUCCAGUCAGCGGGACAAUUCGUCGCAGUUUCAGCACAUCAUCAGCCAUCGCCACACCAAAGGAGGUGAGAAGGAGGAACCCGGUUACCAGGAGUCGCUCUACUCCUCAUCGUCGUCGCUGGAGCACCCUGAGCGGCAGCAGUGGGGGAAUUCCCGGAAGCACGGCAGGAUCCAGUCCGUCGUCCUGCUCUGAUGGCCAGGUGCGCCUCCACGUGGGCAUGCAGGUCUUCCUGAGCAGUGCAAACGAGAUGGCGUUUAUCCGCUUCUUGGGAACAGCGGACUUUGCCCCAGGGCUUUGGCUGGGUCUGGAACUCCGAAGCCCGAAGGGCAAGAACGACGGCUCUGUGGGCGGCCGCCGCUACUUCACGUGUCGGCCCGGCUAUGGCGUUCUAGUCCGUCCCAGCCGCGUCACCUAUCGUGGCAUCAAUGGCUCCCACUUGGUGAAUGAAAAAAGCUGAAGACUGUUAAAAACUGGGGAUGGGUUUGGAUGCGAUGCGGUUCAAACUUUUUGCAUUUCUAACCUUUGCAUUCUAAUUCUCUGUGCUGCAAAGCCUUAAGCUGAAGAAAUUACUGCUUAUUAGUCUUUAAAGUCUGUAGGAGGCAAAAAGCACUUUAUUGAGUAAAUGAUAAAUCUUUUUUAUAUAAAACUCUGCAAAACUUAAAUCUGAUUGCACUAACAAGCCUUGUCAUCAUAGAAUAAGAUCAGAUGGAUUCUAUGGGCGUUUGCUUUCAAAACACAGAGCUAAUUUUUUUAUCAGAUAAUUAUAAUCUAAAUAAAGGUGUCAGUGUGUUUAUGUGAGUGCAUGUUGAUCAAGAACACUUUGGAACAGGAGAUAAUGAAUGUCAUGUCCAAUGUAUUGUUGAUUAAUAUUAAAAAAUAAGUUAAUCUUCUCCAUCAGGAUCCAACCACAUCAACAGCAGUUGAUACUUCUGCAGAUCUUUAUUUUGCUACAGAUAAAUGAUACCCUGUGAUAGGGGUGGUCAGUAAUAAUUUGUCUAGGGACAGCCCCCUAGCUGGAUGCUGCCACCAUGGCUGACAGUUGGUGCAGACCGUAUGGGCAGCUCCUAAUACCAGGAAAUUUUAAGUAAAACUAAUCUUUUAUUACAGUAGCAUAAUUUUAAACUUUUCUAACCUUUGAUUUGACUUAUUCAGUGUGGGGAAAAUGUCCCAAUUGAAGAAAUUGUGCUAGACAAAAUGACCAUUUUCUAUUUUCUUGCAGAGGCCACAAAUUAAAAUCUCCUAGUACUUCAGUUUUGAGGCCCGUUAAAAGGAAAACAGGCCCACAGCAUCAUAGGUCCUCCACCAUACUUGAUAGUAGAAAUGAGGUGCUUGUCCACAUGUUUAUCAGUGGUAUCAUGCUGUACCUAAAAGAAAUGUGCUGUGUCAAACCGUAUGCAUACCCCAGGAAGUCAUGGCACACUAAUUCACAGCUCUUAAGCUUGCUGAUCAGCUUACAAACAAAACAAAGAGCAAGUAUUUCUUAGUGCAGGAUUUUUUUCCCUGCUUCAUAAAUGUGCCCAAAUUAAACGUUGGAUUUUUCUGCAAUAAAACUUUAAUGCUUCUGAAACAUCUUUACCAGUGAUGCAAAUAGGUGUGCUUUUGACAUGGAAAGGUCUAAUUUAUGCAGGGCUGUUUGUCUUGAGGACCGGCUAUGUGAAAGAGAGUUGUAGGGUGACAGUCCCUCCAGGUGGAAAUCUGUUUCUUUAAUCCAAUCCAAUUCCAAUAAAGUCCAAUUUGUCCAUAACUUUAUUUUUCUUCACCAUAAUGUAAAAUUUGGUCCAGAUUCAAAGCUGCUAAGCAAUUUUUACUCAUAAAAAUAAGCCUAAAAUGAUGCCUGUAAAUGUUCACUAUGACACCAUUUCUACAGCUCAAACUACUGUCUAACUUUGUGAUCUCAGCUUUGGUAAUCCAUAUAACAGCACUUGAGUGAAGUAUAUAUUUGUGGAAUAGCAUUCAGUGGGCCAUAACAGUACAAUAUGCCUAAUUAAAUCAGCUUGACACUAAAACUAUAUAAUUAUCCACACAUUUCAAGGAUAUAAGCUGCAGUCUGAUUAGAGUGUCUGGGCAACUCGGCCGAGAACGAGCCAUUGAUUGCGCAUGUGGAAAACAAGGCCUCUGUUCAGUAAAACGCUCAUGGUCCGUCCAAUUAGAGCACGCCGGCCACAACCGGAGCUGCAGAAUCUCCAGCGGCCUUCCCUCAUUGAUCUGUUUUGGUCAGAACCCAUGUGAUUGAAAAGCUGAAGAAGCCAAGGUUGUCUGAGAUGUCUGUAACAGAUGAAUGGGGGGCAAAAGAAUAACAGUCCUUCUAAAGUUGAAGCAUUUCCUUCUACACUCAGAGGAGCUUCUCCUUUACAUUAAAGCAUUCUUUGAUGUAUUUUUUUUUCUCAUUUUGUCCUUGUUCUGUUAUAGUUUGUUGUAUCUGCACUUGGACAUUUCUGCACUAAUGAAAAGUUUUCAGUGGAUGUGUGAUGGAAGGGGUUCAUUCUUAUAAAUUUACGUGUUAAAGUGCUUCCUUAAAGAAAUAAAAGAAGUCUUUUAUCAUGAA